AUGUUAAUAACUAAUUGUAAGUUGUCAUUGUCACGUCAAUUUAAACUUGUUGUUGGUGGUGGUGGUUGUGGCGGUGCCUGUGGCGGCAUCAGUAAGCGUAUAUCCAAUGCAUUAAACCCACAAAGUAUACAUGUUCCAAAAUCAUGGUUUUCCAUUAGUUUGUCCCUGUUUCAAAACCAAUUGAAAUAUGCUGGAGCAGACUUGUUAAAGAAGUUCAACGACGAGCAUUCACAGCAUUUGGUAGAUGUCUCAAAGGUGCUUGUUAUAGGUUCAGGCGGAUUGUCCAUUGGUCAAGCUGGAGAAUUUGAUUACUCUGGUUCACAAGCUAUCAAGGCAUUAAAAGAAGCAAACAAAAAAUCCAUUUUGAUUAAUCCCAACAUUGCAACAAACCAAACCUCACAUUCAUUAGCUGAUGAAAUUUAUUAUCUACCUGUUACACCUGAAUAUAUCACCUAUAUCAUAGAAAGAGAAAAACCAGAUGGUAUACUAUUGACAUUUGGUGGACAAACUGGAUUAAACGUUGGUGUCAAAUUAGACAAGAUGGGUGUUUUUGAUAGAUAUGGUAUUAAAGUAUUGGGUACACCCAUAAAAACCUUGGAAACUUCAGAAGAUCGUGAUCUUUUUGCACAAGCAUUGAAAGAGAUUAAUAUCCCCAUUGCAGAGUCUAUUGCUGUAGAAACCGUUGAUGAUGCUUUGAAAGCAGCCAAGGAAGUUGGUUAUCCUAUUAUUGUUAGAUCGGCCUAUUCUCUAGGCGGAUUAGGCUCAGGUUUUGCUGCAAAUGAAGUCGAAUUGCGUAAUUUGGCUGCUCAAUCUUUAUCCUUAGCUCCACAAAUUUUAGUUGAAAAGUCUCUAAAAGGUUGGAAAGAGGUUGAAUACGAAGUGGUGCGUGAUCGCGUGGGUAAUUGUAUCACUGUUUGUAACAUGGAGAAUUUUGACCCCUUGGGUAUUCACACUGGUGACUCAAUAGUUGUUGCUCCUUCACAAACUUUAUCCGAUCAAGAAUACCACAUGUUGAGAACAGCAGCAAUCAAGAUUAUCAGACACUUGGGAGUAGUGGGAGAGUGUAAUGUACAGUAUGCUUUACAACCUGAUGGAUUAGAUUUUAGAGUUAUUGAAGUCAAUGCUCGUUUAUCUCGUUCAUCAGCUUUGGCUUCAAAAGCUACUGGCUAUCCAUUGGCUUAUACAGCAGCUAAAAUUGCAUUGGGUCAUACCUUACCAGAGUUGCCAAAUCCAGUUACUAAAACCACCUCGGCUAACUUUGAACCUUCAUUGGAUUAUAUGGUGACCAAGAUACCUCGUUGGGAUUUGUCUAAAUUUCAACACGUUAAGCGCGAUAUUGGUUCAGCAAUGAAAUCUGUUGGUGAAGUUAUGGCCAUUGGUAGAACUUUUGAAGAAUCCUUUCAAAAGGCAAUUCGACAAAUUGAUCCUUCAUAUAUUGGAUUUCAAGGUGAUACAUUUGAAGAUUUAGAUGAUACUUUGCGCAAUCCUACUGAUAGACGCUGGUUAGCAGUGGGACAAGCUUUAUUGCAUGAAAAUUACUCAGUUGAUAAAGUUCAUGAUUUGACAAAGAUUGAUAAAUGGUUUCUUUACAAAUUGAUGAAUAUUGUUAAUAUGUACAGAGAGUUGGAAGCAGCAAGAGAAUUAUCCAAUAUCAACAUGGACUUGAUGAGUCGAGCUAAAAAGAUGGGAUUUUCAGAUAAACAAAUUGCUCUUUGCGUAGGGGCCAAAGAAUUACAAGUUAGACAAGUUCGUAAAAGUUUUGGAAUUGUUCCAUUUGUUAAAAAGAUUGACACUUUGGCUGCUGAGUUCCCUGCCAACACAAAUUAUUUGUACACUACUUAUAACGCUACAAGUUCCGAUAUAGAGUUUAACGAACACGGCACUUUAGUAUUAGGUUCAGGUGUUUAUAGAAUCGGAUCAUCAGUUGAGUUCGAUUGGUGUGCCGUGUCGACUGCUAGAGCCUUAAGAGAAAGCGGUCGUAAAACAAUCAUGAUAAAUUACAAUCCAGAAACUGUUUCAACGGAUUUUGAUGAAGUUGAUAGAUUAUAUUUUGAAGAGUUAUCAUUGGAGAGAGUAUUGGAUAUUUAUGAAUUAGAAAACUCAGAAGGUGUGGUUGUAUCGGUUGGUGGUCAACUACCACAAAAUAUUGCGUUACCUUUGCAAGAAAAUGGAUGCAAUGUUCUAGGUACAGACCCCGAAGAUAUUGAUAAAGCUGAAGAUCGUCAUAAAUUCUCCCAAAUUUUAGAUUCAAUUGGAGUUGAUCAACCAGCAUGGAAAGAGUUGACUUCAGUUGAAGAUGCUGAGAAGUUUGCCGAUGAAGUAGGGUACCCAGUGUUGGUGCGUCCAUCAUAUGUUUUAUCAGGUGCCGCUAUGUCUGUUAUCAACAACAAAAACGAGCUAGAUGCUAAGUUGAAAAAUGCCUCAAAAGUGUCUCGUGACCACCCAGUUGUCAUCUCCAAGUUUAUUUUAGGUGCACAAGAAAUUGAUAUUGAUGCUGUUGCUGCAAAGGGACAAGUAUUAGUUCAUGCUAUUUCUGAACACAUUGAAAAUGCAGGUGUCCAUUCCGGUGAUGCCACUUUGGUAUUACCUCCUCAACACUUAUCGCAAACUUUACUUGACCGGUUGAAGGUGAUUGCUGAUAAGGUUGCUAGCGCAUGGAAAAUCACUGGUCCUUUCAACAUGCAAAUCAUCAAAAAUGAUCAAAAUGGUACACUUGAUGAUGAAAAUUGCGAGUUGAAAGUCAUUGAAUGUAAUAUUCGUGCAUCUCGUUCAUUCCCAUUUGUUUCAAAAGUUUUGGGUGUUAAUUUUAUUGAUGUUGCAGUUAAGGCGUUGAUCAAUGAAGGCGUUCCAGCACCAGUUAACCUUAUGAACCAGAAGUACGAUAGAGUUGCUACAAAAGUACCCCAGUUUUCAUUCACAAGAUUAGCUGGAGCUGACCCAUUUUUGGGAGUAGAAAUGGCUUCAACAGGUGAAGUUGCUUGUUUUGGUAAGAAUCUACUUGAAGCUUAUUGGACCUCUAUACAAUCAACCAUGAAUUUCAAACUCCCAUUUCCUGGACAAGGUGUAUUGUUUGGAGGUGAUUUAACUAAUGACAAAUUAGGUAACGUUGCCAAAACGAUAAGCGGCUUGGGAUAUAAAUUUUACACAGCAAGUCAGCCAGUUGCCGACUACUUAAAGAACUAUGUCUCUGAACCAGUUGAAAUUAUAGAUUUUCCAAAAACUGAUAAACGUGCAUUAAGAGAAAUUUUCCAAAAGGAAGACAUUGCAGCAGUGUUCAACUUGGCUAAAGCAAGAGCAGAGGACUUGUUAGAUGAGGACUAUGUAAUGAGAAGAAAUGCAAUUGAUUUUGCAAUACCACUAUUCAACGAACCAAACACAUCACUAUUAUUUGCUUCUUGCUUGAGAGAAAAAAUUGGUGAAAAAGUAGAUUUUAAUAAAGUUCCUGAAAAAGUGGUUGUUCCUCAGGAAGUUCAAAGAUGGAGUGAAUUUAUUAAUGGAAAACCAGUAUAA